AUGAAAAUAAGUCGAGAUUUUUCCCAAACAACAAUAGAACGCAUAUCUCGUAAAAAGUCUUCCAAACGAUUGUAUUCUGAAAAACAAAACAUUAAACAACAUCUUCAUUUGAAUCGAUCAAAACGACGACGUUCGAAAAGAAUGCAAUCUAAUGUUAUACAUCAAUUAAGUUCGAAUCGUGAUUUUUCUUCUAAUGUAUCAAGAUAUCGUCGUUCAGCAUUAUCAUCGAAUAUGAGUCAAACGCUCAUCAAUUGGAAACAAAAUAAUAUUAAUAAUAAUAUACAAGAUAAUCGAAUCUCUACACCAACAAAAAAAGAAAAAAAUCAAUUAAUUUUAUCUAAUCUUGUUCGAGAUUGUCUUCCUAUUAACUCAAUUAUCAAUUCAACAACAUAUUUUGAUAUGUCUAAUACUCAUCGAUUCUUAAGUCGUAAUCAUCAAAUAAAUCCUAUUAACAGUGAAAUUCAACAGAUACAAACACAACUACUUUAUUGUCAAGUAAGUAUGUUCAAUGAUCUUAUAGCUAUUGCAAAUAAAAUCUCUUUGACAGCUGUAACAACCACUACUCAAACUUCUGUAUGUACAACUGGUGGUAUUACGUGUCCAACACCAAUAUUGUCUUGGAGUAGAACAAAUAACUGUACCAGAUCAUCAUCAUCAUAUGUUUAUUAUAGUUGUUGUUAUCUAGCAGUAUCAACUCAAUUGACAAUUCAAUUUCAACUUCAAGAACAAGUUAGUCAUUGGUAUAUCGAUGAGGUCAGUAUGAUACAGAGUAAUGGUGAACUUAUAAUUAAUGGUGGUUUUGAAUCGAAUUUAACCGGAUGGACAGUAAUACCUUCAACGAAUCUUUCAGUAACAUCUUACGCACAUGUUGCACCAGGUGCAGCACGUUUUGGUUCAGCGUAUCUUUAUUCAGAAGCAGUGUCUGGACCCGAUUAUAUAAAACAAACUUUUAAUGUUGUUCAAGGUCAAAAUGUGAAUGUUAGUUUCUGGUGGUUAGAUGAAGGUGGUGUGGGUGGUCCAAGUGACAUAUGUGAAGGAAUUGUAACACUUACCCCUUAG